UCGCCAACUUCAUCCAUUCAGUUCAGAGCUUCUCCUGAAUCUGUUUCGGCUUCAAUUUGUUCUAGUACUAGUGGGGCCCUCCUCCGUGACGUGGCGCCACUGACCUGGUGGGCCCACCUGUCCACGUCGGCCGCAUCGUCAUCACCGUCUCCUCCUCCCCUGGUCCCCUCCCAACCAGGGCACCUGACCUCUCCCUUUCUAGAGGGAAAGAAAAGGAUUGAUUUUUCCUCCCCAGAUCGCCGGCAGAUCCUUCCCGCUGCUCCUCCUUCCAGAAGCUUCCAGAGCCGACCUUGGCGAGGUGUGGGCGAGCGAGAUCCAGGAGGCGUCUGCCAUGGUGAAGGACACCGCCUACUACAACACCCUGGGGGUCAGCGUGGAUGCCACCCCCGCCGAGAUCAAGAAGGCAUAUUACCUCAAGGCGAAGCUGGUGCAUCCGGACAAGAAUCCUGGGAACCCCGACGCGGCGCAGAAGUUCCAGGAACUCGGAGAGGCGUACCAAGUUCUUAGCGAUCCUGCAAAACGUGAGGCUUAUGACAAGCAUGGAAAGGAGGGACUUCCUCAGGAUAACAUGGUGGAUCCUGCUGCUGUCUUUGGUAUGCUUUUCGGAAGUGACUAUUUUGAAGAUUAUGUUGGACAGCUUGCACUGGCAUCCAUAGCAUCAGUGGAAGUUGAUGAAAACUUAAACAGUCAAGAAGCAAGAGCAAAGGUUCAGGAGAAAAUUAAAGAGUUACAAAGAGAAAGAGAACAAAAGCUUAUUCAGAGCCUUAAAGAUCGACUUCAACCAUUUGUAGAUGGGAGAAAGGAUGAAUUUGUAGAUUGGGCAAAUGGGGAAGCUCGGCGUUUAUCCGAAGCAGCUUUUGGUGAGGCUAUGCUCCACACUAUUGGCUAUAUUUAUGUGCGGCAAGCAGCAAGAGAACUUGGAAAGAGUAAGUUGUAUAUGGGUGUACCAUUCAUAGCUGAGUGGGUCAGAGACAAGGGCCACUGCAUUAAAUCACAGGUUAAUGCUGCUUCAGGCGCAAUCGCUCUGAUGCAGCUACAAGAAGGGAUGAAAAAGAUGGAGGAAAGUGACAACAAGGAGGAACAGUUUAUGAGGAGUUUCGAAGAGAAAAAAGAUGCCAUGCUUAGUUCUCUAUGGAAAAUUAAUGUGGUUGAUAUUGAGUCAACACUCUCACAUGUUUGCCAAGCAGUUCUGAAAGACACCAGUGCCUCAAAAGAAGUUCUGAAGUUACGAGCAAAAGCAUUGAAAAAGCUUGGGACAAUAUUCCAGGGCGCCAAGUCCCUAUACCGGCGUGAGAACAGCUUACGGGUCGAGACCAGACCGACGCAGGGAGCGACACCAUCGCAGUGAGGAGCAAUUUUACAAUCCUUAAAGAGGUACCAGGAGGUAUCACUAUUUUUUAGGUAAAAUUUGAUACUUUAGAUACUAGAAAAUAUCAAAUUUUACCUUCUCAAGGAUAGGAAAAUUGCUCAAGACUGAAACGCCUGACUGACGCUAUUUGGGAGCUGUUCUGCCGGGAGUUCUCUCAUAUAUGUUUGUUCAUUUGUACUAAAGAUUCAGACGACCGCAUAUUGUUCUGUACCCACCAUUCCAUUU